AUGAAGAAUUCAACAAAAAUCAAAAUUUGUGCAUCAAAAUUGAAGCAAAUGUGUCCAAAAACUUAUCAAAUGAAGUCAAAAGUUUCCUGGCUCAAGACGAAUCCUUCAAGGACUUCAAAAUCACCAUCGAAGGUCAAGAUUCACAAAUUCCUGCUUGCAGCUCGAAGUCCGAUUCUGGCUGAGAUCCUUAAAUCCAAUCCAGAAGUUGAAAACCUUAACUUGGUUGAAAUUUCGGUCGAAAUUUUCGAAAUAAUUCUUAAAUUUCUAUACACUGAUGAACUUCCAGGCGACAAUGGGACGAUCGUUUUGCAUCUUUUUGCAGCUGCUGAGAAGCUAAAAAUCGAGAAAAUAAAGAAUUUUGCAGGAACUAAACUAAUAAACACGAUUGACCAGGAAAAUGCAUUAAACAUCCUCAAAUUAAGCAACAAAUAUGAACACGAGGAGCUCAGACAAAAAUCAUUCAACAAAGUCAAGAAAAUGUAUCCAAAAUGUGACUUUAAAGACUUCCACAAAACAAACUUUGAAUUGAUGAUGAAAAUUAUUGAACAAUUUGAAAAAUACGAAAAUCUGUUCGUAAAUUGGAAGAAGAAUUUAAAAUUGUGA